AUGGCCUCUCACGCCGUUUCCAGCGGACAAAAACCACACGCAGUUUGCGUGCCUUACCCGGCUCAAGGCCACAUCAACCCGAUGAUGAAAGUGGCUAAACUCCUCCACGCUAAAGGCUUCCAUGUUACUUUCGUCAACACCGUUUACAACCACAACCGUCUCCUCCGAUCUCGUGGUCCAAAUGCCCUCGACGAGCUUCCUUCUUUCCGGUUCGAGUCUAUCUCUGACGGUCUACCAGAGACCGACGAGGACGUCACCCAGGAUAUCCCCACCCUAUGCGAGUUAACCAUGAAGAACGGUCUCGCUCCUUUCAAAGAGCUUCUGGGGCGGGUCAACGCCCGAGAUGAUGUUCCUCCGGUGAGCUGUAUUGUAUCCGACGGUAUCAUGAGCUUUACACUUGAUGCUGCGGAAGAGUUUGGAGUUCCGCAGGUUCUUUUCUGGACGCCAAGUGCUUGUGGCUUCUCCACUUUACUACACUUCUAUCGCUUCGUCGAGUUGGGCUUAUCUCCACUAAAAGAUGAGAGUUGCUUGACCAAGGAAUACCUAGACACAAGAAUAGAUUGGAUACCAGCAAUGAGGAACCUAAGAAUAAAAGACAUCCCUAGCUUCAUCCAGACGACGGAUCCUGACGACAUAAUGGUCAACUUUUUUAUCCGCGAGACUGACCGGUCCAAACGUGCUACUGCUAUCAUUCUCAACACGUUCGAUGACCUAGAGCAUGACGUCAUCCAAUCAUUUCAAUCUAUUUUACCUCCGGUAUACUCUAUUGGACCUCUCCAUCUACUAGCAAAUCAGAAGGUCGAUAAAGAUAGUGAGAUCGGACAGAUGGGAACAAAUCUAUGGAGAGAGGACACGGAGUGUUUGGAUUGGCUCGAUACCAAGUCUAGAAACAGCGUCGUUUAUGUAAAUUUUGGAAGCAUAACAGUGAUGAGCCGAACACAUCUCGUGGAGUUUGCAUGGGGUUUGGGGGCAACAGGGAAAGACUUUUUGUGGGUGAUCAGACCGGAUUUAGUAGCCGGAGAUUUGGCCGUGGUUCCGCAAGAUUUUCUAGUAGAGACGGAGGGUCGAAGGAUGCUAACGAGUUGGUGUCCUCAGGAGAAAGUUCUUUCUCAUCCGGCGAUCGGAGGAUUCUUAACGCACAGUGGAUGGAACUCGACUUUGGAGAGUCUCUCAGCUGGAGUUCCGAUGGUGUGUUGGCCGUUCUUUGCAGACCAGCAAAUAAAUUGUAAGUUUUGUUGCGAUGAGUGGGAAGUGGGAAUGGAGAUUGGCGGGGAUGUGAAGAGGGAGGAUGUUGAGGCGGUGGUUAGAGAGCUGAUGGAUGGAGAGAAGGGCAAGAAAAUGAGAGUGAAGGCGGAGGAGUGGCGGCUAUUGGCAGAGAAAGCGACAAAUCAAAGUGGUUCGUCGGAAUUAAAUUUUGAGAUGGUUGUUAACAAGUUGCUCUCUUAA